CACGCCCUUUCUUUUUAUAUGGCUGAUCUGCAUAUGUUUGUUCUUAUAUUCCUGGCCCUUUUUGGGUAUGCUUUAUGUGAAAGCAUAAGUUCUGAUUCGCUUGUUGAGCAACUCUUUCUCGACUACUCCAUACAAGAUGUGCUCAACCCCCAGAACGGGCUGCAGGUGGCCGAGCCCUGGGCUAGCAUGUACAUCCAAGCCAUCCGCGACGGGAGAUACGGCGAUGCUGUGUGGGCGCGGUACCAUAUCGAAGGAGAUGUGCACGACGGCAUCAUUGGGGACACGAACAUGACGGUGCUCGAAAUGAUAGAGGAGGACGCGACCGAAUACAAAGUCAACGCACCAGAGCAAUAUGCCGAGGCUCUGGCGUUCUACGAGAAGACGAGCAGCGCCGAUGAGCAUGCCAACGUGACGGACAUCAUUUCGCGUGUUGGCCACGAAAACAUCACAGACCUCCACACGCGGGUGACUUACUCUACCACUUGUUGUUGA